UCAUUAAAUACUUUAUUAAUCCGACAAGAUGAACCACCACAACGUAAAACAAAUAAACAAGAAAUACUCGAACAAAAAUAUUGUAAUAAACAAAAUUUAAAUACACAUAAAUUUGCUAAACUUUUAUUUUGA